CAAACUGUUAAACUGAACUGACCACAGACGGAGGGACAGACUCUGUUUAGGCAUGCGGAGGAGUCAUCAAAGGACUUGCCUUUGACAGACGCGACCACAGACAGUAGGAUAGAGAGGGAGAGAGAGAGAGAAUCCUUGAAUUCAUUAAUAGAGAGAUUAAUCUUAAUACAACUGCAGAAAAUCAUUCCACUUCAUCACGCGAGUCGCUGCUCUGCCCUCCAUCAUCUGUCAACACCGAAGGACCCGGAAAACGCGUGUUAGCUGACAAGAUCAACAACAACAACAACAACGACGACAACGACGCACACACUCAGAGAGAGAGAAGGAGCGAGAGAGAGCUAAACGCCCGCAUUUAAUUCAAGAUGGCAGGACUGCCCCGCAGGAUAACCAAGGAAACGCAGCGUUUGCUUGCAGAGCCUGUCCCAGGCAUCAAGGCAGAGCCCGAUGAGAGCAACGCCCGCUACUUUCACGUGGUCAUUGCUGGACCUCAGGACUCACCGUUUGAGGGCGGCACAUUUAAACUUGAACUCUUUUUACCUGAGGAAUAUCCCAUGGCAGCUCCUAAAGUGCGUUUCAUGACCAAAAUAUAUCAUCCCAAUGUAGACAAGUUGGGGAGAAUAUGUCUAGACAUUUUGAAAGAUAAAUGGUCACCAGCUCUGCAGAUUCGCACAGUGCUGCUCUCAAUCCAGGCAUUACUAAGUGCACCCAACCCUGAUGAUCCUCUAGCAAAUGAUGUUGCAGAAAAGUGGAAGAACAAUGAAGCUGAAGCCAUAGAAAUAGCCAAGUCAUGGACCAGGCUUUACGCUGGAAGCAAAAAUGAAAUAUAGAGCAGCCCAAGUGCAAUGAGACGCAAAAUGGAAGUCAAGUGUGUGAACACAACUCCUCAUGUUCUUCCUACUCCAUUUGCAUUUAAAGGACACAUUCUUAUACGGUAUACACACACUUAUGAAACAUUCAACUUGAGUAUAUUGUAAAAGAAAACACAACUGUUGACAGCUGGUGAUUUAAAUGCACUUAAGUAAUGAAAUAGCUUGUCUUUGUCCUUAACCCGCUACUGUUGAAAAAUGCAUGGGGCCGAGGUUUUAGAUUUUCUCACCUGGCUUUCUCUGUCCAUUGAUUAUUGGAAGGCUUUUAUCACUUGUGCUUGAACAGAUACGUUCACAGGGA